AUGAACGAUGGAACCGGGCGUUUUACUCUACCCUGCGCCGGCGGUGCGCAUGAUAAAACGAUAUUCAACCGUAUCAUGCCAAGAUUCCGGCCAAUUGCCCCGAAACCGGCCACCGACACUUCUUUUCCCGGAAAUUCUCCUGCGGUCAACCAAAACAAGCCCAUCACGAAACGAAGAGCUAAGAGAAAGUACGUUAGGGUUAGCAGGAACAGAAAGUAUAAGAAGAAUAAAGCGAAAGAAAAGAUAGAUGGCUUUGACGACGCAGUUACGACGCUGCCGUUGCCGCCUCAGAUGGCCGGCUUGAAGACCACAUCAGCAGCAGGAGGUCCGCCUCAAAAUAGAGACUUUCCGGUGGUAAAAUCGGUACCACAGUUACCCUUGUCCAUAAACUUGAAUAAAUCUGAGAGUGGUAAUAUGGUGGCAGUUGGUGGGUCAGAUCUGUCAGAUCGGACGGCUGUGAUGAAGUCCAGGAGAGUGGUGGAGUCAUGGGUGAUCGUGGAAGGCCUGACGGAGGGGUGCAUGGACGGCGGAGAGCUGGGAAGUACGGACAUGGAGAAAAUGAAGAAUCUGAAGAUGGACACAUGUCCAGGUCUUAUAUCGGACGGUUUUGAUAAGGUGCAGUGGGUAAAUCUACCAUACAUGAGGAUGGUGGACCCACAGAUCGACGAAGAACCACCGCCGGAGAUGGUGGCUUGGCUGGUGGUGAAGGACAAAUUACCGGUACAGAAGCCGGUGUUUGCAUGCAGAGUACGAGUUGUGAACACGUGGCGGAAGGAGAAGCAAUCACAGAUAAUGCCGUGUGAUGUGUGGCGGAUGGACUUUGGAGGGUUUGCAUGGAGGCUUGACGUUAGGACUGCCCUUAGUUUGGGCCCUUGA